AAGUAUUUAUAUUAGUAUAUAGUACGCGUAAUCUUCAUUCAAAAUCCAGCCAACAACAAUUUUAAUUUCAUCUUGUUUGAAUCAGUACUACUUCAAACAUAGUAGACCCAACGGGGAUUUUCACGUUCAAAUGUCAAUCACCAAAAUCACUACUCUUCUCAUGAUGAUUUUCCUUCUAUUUCCUGCAUGUAAUGCUCGUUCACUUGGUGUCCUCAACAAGAAUGAAGAGAAACCAAAUGUUGAUAGGGUUUCCAGUACUCCAACGGAUGUAAAAGCAAAACCCUCAUUAGCAGAGCCAAAUAGUAGCGUCGAGAAAGAAGAAAAAGAUCAUGAUAAUCAUCGUUACGGAGUUUCAGUUACUUGGAAGGUUCAUCAGCAGAAAAGGGAAGAUCCACCACCAGAGUUUAACUUGGAUUAUUUACCAGCAAGAACACAUCCUCCUGUUCACAAUUAAUUAAGAGGCCGCGCCGGGAUGAUUAAUUUUCUAAUCGAGUAUCUAACAUGAAUUUUGG